UAUUUGUGGAUUUGGGGUUAUUUGGGAUUUGGGGGCACUGGACGGGGAUUUCGGGCCGUUAUUGGUGGAUUUGGGGCCGUUAUUUGUGGAUUUGGGGUCAUUUUUUGGGGAUUUUUUUGGGAUUUUUGGAGGUUUUGGAGCCCCCCGGUGACCCCGGCUCCGUCCCCGCGUCCCACACGUGACGAACACGUGACACGCGCCGCACGUGACAAACACGUGACCCCAGGUGACGCCGCACCGCCGCCAGCGGCCACGUGAGGGCGCCACAAGGGGCGUGGCCUCGGCGCAGGCAUCCAAUAGCAGCCGGUGCUGCGGCGAGGGGGCGUGGCCAGAGGCGCGCCUGUCACGCGAUAGGUCCUAAGCCGGCACAGCUGUCCAAUAGGAGAGCAAAGCUGCUGAAACCACGCCUCCUCAUCAAGCAGACUCUGAUUUUCACCAAUCGUAGCGCGGGAAAUGCGAUGAACGACGCCGGCCGGCUGCCAUGGGAGGCGCGACCCGUGGGGACCAAUCAUCGCGGGGGAGGCGGAGCGGCGCGUCCAAUCAGCGCGAGGGGGCGGGGCCAGCACGGCGCCGUUACCGCCCGGGAAAGGGGAGGAGGCGCCGCCAUCAUGAGCUACGGGUACGGAGAUUGGAAUUCAGGCUCGAGCAGAGGGUACGAGGGCUAUGGCUACGGCUACGGCUUCGGCCCCGAGCCCUCCGGGGGCUUCGGCUUCGCAGGAGCCGCCGGCAAUUCCUGGGAUUUGGGCAAUUCCCAACCCGACGGCAACGCCGAGGGCGGCGACGGCCCCGGGAAAGCGCGGCAGGAACCGGGGAGCGCCGGGAUGCACCCCGAGAGCGAGGGGCUGCCGGGACGGGGAUACGGGGAAAGGUACGAUCCCUACGAAUCCUACGGCGACUCCCGCGUGAGCGAGCACCGGGAUCUGUACCGGGCCUCCUUCGACUACCCCGGCGAUUACCACAGCGAUUACCCCGGGGAUUAUCACAACGAUUACCCUAAUGAUUACCCCAAUGAUUACCCUAAUGAUUACCCUAAUGAUUACCCUAACGAUUACUCCGAUUAUCGCAACGAUUAUCCCGAUUACCCCAACGAUUAUCCCGGCGAUUUCCCCGCCGAACCCGAGCCGGACUCCGCCGAUUUCUACGGCCGCCCCCGGGAUCCUCCUCAAUUCCAGGGCAAAUUCCGGGACGCUUUCGGCUCCCGGGGGGUUUGGGGGGUGCCGGGAGCGGGGCGGAUUCUCGGGGUUCCUCCCCCGGGGGGGCUGGGCCGAGCCCCGGGGCCCCGCCCGCCGCCCGCUGCCCUCGCUGUUCCCGCCCCCGCCGGGCACCGGGGGCACCGCCCGCGGCACCAAGAGGCUCCGCAGGGCCUGGAGGCUCUGGGACGGCGACUGCCGGGUGACCCCAGCGGAAGCGUCCCCGCCGGGACCCCGCGGGGCGGCGCCGGCAGCCGGGCGGUGCGGACGGACGGACGGACAGACGGGCGGACGGACGGAUCCGACAACUCCAGCUCCGACAACGAGGAAGGCACGGAAGGAGAAUCCGGAGAAAAGGAAGAAUCCCGAGGGGAAGGGGAGGAUGAAGAGGGAAGAGAUUCUGAGAAAGGGGCCCUGAGCAAUCCAGAGGAGAAUUCUGGAAUUUCCCAGCUGAGGCCGAGGCUCCCGGCCGGGAGGAAAUCCCAGGAGCGGCAGAAGAAACGACACCGGGACAGGAUGGUCGAGAGGAUCCAGUUCGUUUGCUCUCUCUGCAAGUUCCGGACGUUCUUUGAGGACGAGAUCCAGCAGCACCUGGAGAGCAAAUUCCACCGGGAGCAUUUCCAGUUCGUGGGCUCCAGGCUGCCGGGCCAGACAGCGCAGUUCCUGCAGGAGUACGUGGCCAACAAGACGCGGAAGACGGAGGAGCGGCGCCGCGGGAUCCGGGACAUCAACGCCGUGAUCCAACAGAUCCACAGGGAGCAGGACCUCACCCAGGACCUGGGCCUGGAGCACUUUGUGCGCAAGGUGGAGGCCGCGCACUGCUCUGCCUGCGACCUCCUGAUCCCCAUGCACUGGGGAUCCAUCCAGAGGCACCUGAGGUCCCCCGAGCACGGCCACAACCGCAGGGCCAUGCUGGAGCAAUCCAAGCGAGCGUCGCUGGCGGUGGCGCGGAGCAUCCUCAACAACAAACUCAUCAGCAGCAAACUGCAGAGCUUCCUCAAGGGGGAAAAUCCCUUCACGGACGAUCCCGAGGAAAAGGAGGAGCACGAGGAAGGAGCAGCAGAGGAAAAUCCUGAAGAAAAUCCCCAAAAUCCUGAGGAAAAUCCCCAAAAUCCUGAAAAUCCCACAGAAAAACAUCCAAAUCCUGAAAAUUCCACAAAAAAUCCCCAAAAUCCCGAAGAAAAUCCUGAAAAUUCCACAGAAAAUCCUGAAAAUUCCACGAAAACCCCAAAAAAUCCCAAAGAAAAUCCGGAAAACUCCACAGAAAAUCCCCAAAAUCCUGAGGAAAAUUCCACGGAAAAUCCGGAAAAUUCCACAGAAAAUCCUGAAAAUUCCACAGAAAAUCCGGAAAAUUCGACGGAAACCCCCCAAAAUCCCGAAGAAAAUCUGGAAAAUUCUAUGGAAAAUUGCCCCCCCAAAUACUCCCAGGACCCCACCAAAGCCCCCAGACCCCCAAUUUUCCCCCCCGGCCGGGCCAGGCGCUGCCAGCGGGGGGGUCCCGGGGGUCCCCAAGGUGGGCACAUGGUGCGGGGGGGGGAAAUGGGGGCAGCACCCCAAAGCCUGGCCACGCCCCGCCCGCGAGCCCCCGCCCCGCCAUUGGCCGAGCCGCCGCCGCACCACCGCGCGCAGCCAAUGAGAUCGCGCGGUGCAGCCGCAGCGCCCGCAACCUGCCAAGGCCCCGCCGGUGCCAGCCAAUCAGCUCCGGCCACGCCCCCUCCCGCCUGGCCGUGCCAGCCAAUGGGGUUCCGCUGCUCUCGGCGCGCCGAGCGCUCCCAUUGGCUGCCGGCCCUGGCUCAGCUCCCCAUUGGCUCCGCGCCCCGCGCGCCCGCGCCAGCCAAUCAGCGGCCGCGGCUUCAGGGCAGGCAGCCAAUCAGCGGCCGCGUGCGCAGGGCAGGCAGCCAAUCGGGCGUCGUGCCACGGGGCAGGGGGGGCCAAUGGCGGCCGUGCCGGGGCGACCUGACCACGCCCCCCUUUGUCCCCCGCAGUGACGUCACCGCGGGGGCGUGGCCGGGGGUUGCCAGCCCGGUGUGA